AUGAUGCCGAAGCAUUACUUUCUAGGCUUCCUCAUCAGGUCCCUGCUGGCCAGUGGAACAGAAACCCAGCCAGUCCAUGGAGCUCUGAAGCCUCAGAAGGUCCAAUUUCAGUCCAGAAAUUUCCACAACGUUUUGCGCUGGCAGCCAGGGAGCUCCCUCACCGCCAAUGGCAGUGUCUACUUUGUGCAGUACAAAAUGUAUGGACAGAGACAAUGGGAAAAUAAAACGGACUGCUGGGGGACCACAGCGCUCUUUUGUGACCUGACCAAUGAAACCUUAGACCUGUAUGAGCCAUACUAUGGGAGGGUGAUGACAGCCUGGGCUGGGAGGCACUCUGCCUGGAGCAUGACAUCCCGCUUCACCCCGUGGUGGGAAACAAAGCUAGACCCUCCGGUUGUGACUGCAAUCCAAGUGAAUGCAUCUUUGCUGGUUCUCCUGCAUACCCCAGAGCUGCCAUACAGAAACCAAGAUGGAAAAAAUACGUCUAUGGAAAGUUACUAUGACUUAGUAUACCGAGUUUUCAUAACUAACAAUUCACUGGCAAAGGAGCAAAAGGCCUAUGAAGGAACUCAGAGAAUGGUUCAAAUUGAAGGUCUGACAGCCCGUUCCAGUUACUGCAUAGCAGCUGACAUAUAUCAGCCCAUGUUAGACAGAAAAAGCCCAAGAAGUGAGCGGAGAUGUAUGAAGAUUCCAUGA